AUGCCUGCAUGCACGUGGGCCGCUUCAACGUGUCGCCAUGUCGUCAUCGUCGUCGACAUUGCCGCCAUUCGCGACAAGACAGCCAUUGUUUCCGAGCUCGAGUGGGUGGCUGGACCGGGCGCAGUCCUCGUCCUCGUCACGUCGGACGCAAACGACGUUGUGUUUUAUUCCCAACGCCAAAUUGAGUUUCACCACGUGCUACUUUCGGCUGCAUCCGUUGCCACCACUGUCGACCAGGUCAUGGCCAUGGUCCCCGACGUCGACGCUGUGACAGUUUUGACCACAGCCCCGCUGUCCCUCACGACCUUUGCAGCGUUGUUGCUGUCUACUGGAGAUGCGUUGUCCCUUCAUGUAGUCGCUGAUGCCACUCGUUUGGAUGCAUUUCCGCCGCCCUCAGCAUAUCCGUUCGGCCUUCCCCUCCUGCUCGCUGCCAUUCGACACCUUAUAACACAACUGUGGCGCACAGUGUCGGGCGAUUCCUUUGUGGCCGUCGUGUCCCACGACCACCAGCGCAACCAUUUUGACAUGUACCUCUCGGCCAAAGGCGGUGUCUCGAUGGCAACGAUGUGCUCUCGGCUUGUGGAUUCGUUGCCGUCGUUCAUGGAGAUUCGACCGCCAAACCAUCGUCACUCGGACAACGUUUCGUUUGUGGAUGUCCUUGUGACGGCGUGCUACUCGAUCGCGUUCCGGCUCGUGUUGUUUCGCCAUGGGUGUCCAGCCCCUGUCUGUCGCACCUUGAAUGCUGCCCAAGCGCUCUUCCAUCGCCGCCCAUGUAUCUCCGAACCGGUUCAAGAAUGGUUUGCAAAAGUGCUUGACAACGUUCCCUUGCCAUUUCCCGAUCUUCAUCGAUCGAGACGGGUGCUUGCAGCAUGCCUCGCACGCGGCUAUGUCAGGCUGCACCCGACUCCAUCCAACGACGCAUUCGACCAACACAUGACGGAAUGGGAGGAAACCGAAUGGCUCGUGUGCCUUGCCCAUAGCGACGUCGACGCAAUUGCCCUCUGCCACGCCUUCCACGUUCCCCUAGAUGACGGUCCAUCUACUGCCACGUCGACACACCUCCGCGAUUUAGAACUGCAAGUCGUUCGUGAGAUCCUCCAACAAACAAAACCCAGUUCAAACCAUGCAUCGUCGCGCGUUUGGUUUGUCUUGUCUCGAGCAGGCCACGACCCGUCUGCGCCAUCUCGUUGGCAGGACUACCUCCAAGUCUGCCAGCGCUUCAGCCGCGCGUUUCCCACUCACGUUGUGUUUUGUCACUGCCAGAUUGGUCUCGCACGGUCCACCGUGGGAGCAGCAACACCCAAGCGAACGGCCACCACCACACUUGAACCCGUGCGGCUGACCGACGUUCGCACGGGGCAGCAAGUAGUCGUAUUUGUUUAAGCGAGUUACAUGCCGUGGUAUUUGGCGUUCACGGGCGGUGGCGCCUCGCCCGCCCGCUGCGUCAUCCUGUG